GUUAUUUCCAUCGAUAGGAUGAGCAAAAUCAAAUUGCCUGCUGGCCGGUGCGUUGCUCAUUCUAUCGAUGGACAACUCUCUCUCUCUCUCUCUCUCUCUCUCUCUCUCUCUCUCUCUCUCUCUCUCUCUCUCUCUCUUGGCUAGCCACGUAGCGGCCCAUUUUUCUUUUGUUUUUUUCAUAGGAGAUGGCUAUGGUGGGAUCUUUGUCACGUUGUUUGACGAAGGAGGAGCGGGAGGAGGAGCGGGAGGAGGAGCGGGAGGAGCGGGAGGAGGGAUGGGAAAAGGAGCGGGAAAAGGAGGAGUGGGAGGAGGAGUGGGAGCAGGUGCGGGAGAAGGAGCGGGAGGGGAAUUGCGAAGGGGCGGAGGAGCCGCGGGAGGAGGAGCUGGAGAAGGAGCGGCAGGGGAAACGGGAAGGGGGAGAUGGCUAUGGCGGGAUCUUUUUCACGUUGUUUGGCGGAGGAGGAGCGGGAGGAGGAGCGGGAGGAGGAGCGGGAGGAGGAGCGGGAGGAGGAGCGGGAGGAGGAACGGGAGGAGCGGGAGGAGCGGGAGGAGGGAUGGGAAAAGGAGCGGGAAAAGCAGGAGUGGGAGGAGGAGCGGGAGUAGGUGUGGGAGAAGUAGCGGGAGGUGAAAUGCGAAGGGGCGGAGGAGCUGCGGGAGGAGGAGCUGGAGAAGGAGGAGCGGCAGGGGAAAUGACAAGGGGGUUAGGAGCGGGAAACGGGGAGGGGGUUAACGAACGCACGGGAGGCGGAGGAGGGGGAGGAGAUAUAGGUGGAGGAGGAAGAGCGGGAGGAGCACGAGGACAAGCGGGGGAAGGAAUAGGAGGGAUUGGGAAAGAGCAUGGGAAGCAGCGGGAGAAGGAGAAGCAGCAGGAGGGAGAGCGGGAGAAGGAGAAGGAGGACGAGAGGGAGGAGCAGCAGGAGAACGAGCGGGAGCGGGGCUAUGGCGGGAUCUUUGUCACGUUGUUUGGCGGAGGAGCGGGAGGGGGAGGAGGAGGAGGAGGAGGAAUGGGAGGAGCGGGAGAAGGAGAAGGAGCGGGGAAGGAGGGGGAGCGGGGCUAUGGCGCGGGAAGCGGAGCGGGAGGAGGGGGAGGAGGAACGGGGAGAAAAGCAGGAGAAGCAGCGGAAGGAGGACGAGCAGCAGCAGGAGUGGGAGGAACAGCAAUAGAGGGAGCGGGAGAAGGAGAGGGAGGAGGAGAGGGAGGAGGAGCGGGAGAAGAAGCGGGUGUGGGGCUAUGGCGGGAUCUUUGUCACGUUGUUUCGUGGAGGAGGAGCGGGAGCAGGAAGAGGAGUGAGAGGAGCGGGAGGAGGAGCGGGAGGAGGGGUGGGAGAAGGAGGGGGAGAAGGAGGGGGAGAAGGAGGGGAGGGGAUUCACGAUGGGGUUGCAUCUCACAGCCUCUUGCUCCAUACUCUCCUUCUCAUUUUACGCAUUUGAAGGCUGCUCAGUUCAUGCACACAUGAAACUGUUGAAGCGGUCCUGCUUGGGCGUGUGCGCGCGUGUGUGUAUGUGUGUGUCACUCACACACACACACACACCUGUCUCUUAUACACAUCUAGAUGUGUAUAAGAGACAGGUUCAAUUUCUGAACGGAAAACCCGCGUUCAAUGAA